AGAGGAUGUGACGUGCGGAUCGGAGAGCAGAUUGUGCUGGAUCCCAUAAACGCUGUCCGUUACCGCUGAUGUUCGAGGAUUAGCAGAAGCAGCGAGAUGGUUGAGUGAGACGAAGGCUCCGGUGAAGGCAGAGCGGGACGACAUGGAUCUGACUUUUGUUUUGUCCGCCAUCAUCUUCACGCUUCUGGCUGUCGUGGUCGCCACGUCGCUGCUCAGCGGCUCCUCGCCUGCAGCGGACUUUGCAAACGCGCGGAGUUACUUUGAGCACCGGGGAUUAGAGAAGCCCGAGGCCAAGCAGAACGGCCAUGUAGCCGAGGAGAAGAAGAAGAAGGAAGCGGAGAGCUGGAGCGAGAUUAGCGGGAGCUCCCACGAUCACUGGGAUGUGGUCAAAUCUGUGCUUUCAGAGCAGAAUUACCCCCAUGCUCCCACUGAAGACGUUGUUGAGCACUCCACCUCCACAUCCAGCUUGUCUGUCCCCAGUUCUGGAUCCAGAGACAUCAGUUUAGAGGUAGACUCAUCAUCUGAAGCCUCAUCAGGGAGGGGUCGUAGGUCGUUCAUUGGGCUCUCUGAUACGGAGCUCCUAAAACGUGCUUUCUCCUACCCCCAGACUGAAGGAGCCGCAGAGAGCCCGGGGAACAACGCAGAGACGGUGGAAUCGGAUGCAAAUAACUCCUUGAAGUAUGUUCCUGGAAAGAUGCGGUCGCACCAUUUAGAGAUGAUGAUGUCCAAAGAGGAGCUGGAGGAAGAGCAGAGGGUCCAGCAUGAGCAGCUGGCCGCCAUCUUCCAGCUUUUGAAAGACAACAAGGAGACAUUUGGGGACAUAUCUGAGGGAGACUUAGAGGAUCAGCUCCGACUCUACUCCAUCUGACCUUCCUCCAUCUCCAGUGUUUUUUUUUAUCCAGAACUUUAUGCCAGUUAUUUAAAAUAAAUCUGUUUGCAGUAUUCAGCAGCUACCGUGUCCUCUAUCACAGCAGCUGCUCAUUUGGUGUUUUAAAAUGUUUGGUCACAUCCAUGAUGUAUCCCCACACUUGCCACAGGUAGUGAUGCAAAAAUGACUGGAAAAGGAAUAAAGGAGUGUUGUCUAGUUACAUCUGAAUUAUAUUUCCUUUCCUGUGUAAUAAACCAAAACAUUUUGAAA